CAGCAAAACAGAAUUCUCAAAACAUCCGCUAGAGUUCCCAAUGUUCUACACCUCUACACCCGGUGGGGUUCGUUUGUUUUCGUCGCGAAGCGGAGGGGCCAGUGUAGCCAAGUCCUACGGGCAAGUAGGUGGAGAAAAGAAAAAGUAAAAGAAAUAGGCGAUAAAUCGACAGCGAACACACUGAGAAAGUGAAAGUGGCACCGGUUGGCAGUCCUAAAACCGUCGUCUGAUCUUCUUUUCAUAGCCGUCUACCGUUAUUGCUUGAGGUCUCCUCCUAGUUGGUGACGGAUACAGUAGGCGACACGGGGAGACCAGCCUGUACAUUAUCCUGUCCAGUGGUUUGGAGGUCAAGAUGUCAUCGAAGAUGCCGAGCUCUAGCAACAUAGCCCAGGCCAGAAGGACCGUGCAGCAGCUGAGAAUCGAGGCCAGCAUUGAGAGGAUAAAGGUGUCCAAGGCCUCGGCGGACCUCAUGCACUACUGUGGGGAACACGCCAAGUACGACCCUCUGCUCAUGGGCAUCCCUGCCUCAGAGAACCCCUUCAAGGACAAAAAGCCCUGCAAUAUAUUGUAGUGAACGCCUCUUCGUGUAUCUGUUUGCUUCUUAAUGUUGCCUGUGUUUUUUUUUUUUUUUUAUCUGGGGAGAACUGUGAUAUAAAACCACUACUCAUCCGUCAUGCUUUGAAAAAGCCUGUAAAGUUACUCUUUAAUGACAACGCUAUAUUUGAUCACUUUUAACUUGCCAUAGUUACAGACAUAACGUGCAGUAAUACAUAUUGCCUAGAAAUAAUCCUUGGGACUGCGACUGUUUAAGAAGAAAUAAAUUUUUUUGGGUUCCUCACCCUGAAAGAAGUCUAUUAGCCAGCCGCUAACUUAAAAUCAAUCAAAUUUUAAAACGUAUCUCAUGCAAUCCUACAAAUGUUAUUAUAGGACAGAUAUGCUAUGUCAAAUCAGCAGACAGAAUAUGUUUACAUGUUGUAACAUAUUUCAUGCAGGUUUAUUCAUUUUGCAAUGUGGCAGAUAGAAAAGCUGCAAUUUUUACAGAUAAUUUCCUGCAAAUGUUCUUGAUUUGCCAUGAGGUGGAGAGACAAAUUGUCCCUUUAUAGCUAAUUUCCACAAAUUAUGUAAUGAGGUUUCUUGAUAUGUGACAUCCAAUUACAAUCUUAGUGAUGGGAGGCUGUGAGCACAUUUAAAAACAUGAAAUAAUUUUUGGUUUGACGUUACUUUAAAAGCAAUUUUGGUCCGUUGACUGAAAUUAAACAUGCUCAAACAUUACUUCAGCCCAUAGAUUUCUUUCAGGGUUAGGAACCGUUUAACAUCAAGAGUUUGAUUUAGCUUAUCGGGUUUGCUAUGGUUUCUGCCCAUUCCUUAAAAAGGUUUGUUUUAUAUUUUUCAUUAAUCUUAUCUGCUGUCCUUUGUAUUACAAUUACAUAAUUUAAUGUAUUUUAGGCUUUUGAAUCAUGAUUUGGACAUGUGACUGUGUUGUCGUUUGCCAAUUGACUGUUUAUUAUUUACUUCCUGGUUACGCAGGAUGUCACCUGGGUUGUCAGUGACUAGUGUUGCAAAAAUCCCAAAUUUGACCAAAAUCCUGGUUGGGGGAUUCUGGUUUACCUGCUUUCCUCCUUAUUCCUCCUAGAAUCAUCCAACAUGGAUUUCAGAAAAAAACUGAAUUUGGGGAAAGUUCCUGUAAUUUCGCAUCCCUCUCCAUAACGAGUGGAGAAAGUAGGUCCAGGGACAAAAUAUGUUCUAAUAUAGAUUAGCAUCAUAACCCUCAGCCUUCUAUUAAUGUAAAUAUAAUUAUUUAGUUAGUUCUGAGUGUAACUCAAUACCAAUUAUCAGAUGGGAAACGACAAUUUACACCUGGAAGAGGUCAUUCACCUAGACAACCUUAGUAUGCAGCACUCCACCCAGCCAUUCAAACUAGGUGUUACAUAACAGAACACUGUGAGCCAAGUCGCCUUACUUAACACAAUAUGAUAGUUUUCAUAUAAUCAGUGCAUAGGUUGGUAAAUUAAAGAGGGGCUUUGUGUACAAGUAUUCCAUUAGAUGGUGCAUCAGCUGGGUUGAUGUGGGUUAUAAACUAUGUUAAAAAGGACUUCCCUCCAACCAUAUGCACUAUACAAUGUAUUUGGGCUGUCGCCAAUGUACUCUGUGGCCUGUUGAAUAUUAAUGAACAGAAGGUUCUGUAUGCCCUGUUGAACAGCUGUUGGGAACAUGUUCCCUGUUACAAAUUUUAGAUUGAGGUGAACCAGCUGUAUCUGGUUUAACAUAGAUAAGCUGGGCGGUAAAAUGGUGCCUACUGGGAAGAUACACACAAAGAAAAGUUAUUUCAGUGCUGAAAUGUAGGGAUUUCUAACUGAAUCGUGCCAUUGUUAUGUCUCAGACUUGUCACUAAAAGAAACCGUCUGACUGUAUUUACCUGGUGCUACUGUUUUAUUGGUAUUAUGCCUCCCUCCUCCUAAAGGUACUUAUGUCGUAGAGGUCUCAAAAUCUGAGGGGGUACCCAGUAAUCCAUUACGAAUUCUUCAGCGAUGACAAUUAAAUAUCCACCGCUUUUCUCUCUAAUAAUGGGUUUUACUGAUAAACACUUACAGUAUGCCAAAUGGGGCUAACUGUGACUUAAUGUGCCACCGUGUUACAAUUCUGAUACUACCAGCAUACCAGCAAUGGCCUUAAUGUACCUUUGGGAGACUCACGUGACCUUUCUCUGACCCUCUGCGAAGACUGUGCGAACCUUGUGGGUUAAAGACAUCUGUCUGUAUGUGGCUUUGUUUUUCAUAUGUGAUGGAGCCUUGGUUCUCUCUGCUAUUGUGCGGUCUUUCCUACUGUCAUUAAACAGUUUUAUUAUUGCA